AUGGCGGCUUUAGAAAAGCAUCUUCCGGAGCUGUCCGAAAACGCGCCAGUUGGUUUUGGCAUCCUCUUGGUCGUGAAGUGCUCGCGCGAAGGCUGCAACUCGCGAGCUACCUUCAGCUUCCCCGAGACCACCACCCCUACCCCUACGCGUCUCUCCGCCGCUGCUUCGUCAGCGUCAUCAUUACCUCGACCGGGGACCACCAACACUACCGUCACCACCACCCUGAAGCGGACCUGGAAGGGCCGGCACAAGAAAGAGGAGUUCUGCGUAGCGCACGCGCUGCACGGGAUGGUGCUGUCCAGGGGCAGGGGUUGCUCCCACCCCGGUUGCUCCAAGCGCGCAAGCUACGGGAACGCCGAGACGCGGCGGAGGGAGUUCUGCGCCGCCCACGCGGAGACCGGAAUGGUGAACAUUAACAGCAUCAAGGUCCCGGAGACGCUAAAACGCGGCGGGCAGUCGACGGCGACAAGCAACGCGAGGGCUGUGGCUGCUGCUGGUGCCAACAAGCGAAAGGCCGCCGCCGUCACCAGUGCAGCGAAUGACGUUAUCGCCGGGAAUGGCUACGGUGGUGGAGGUGGUGAUGGCGGUGUGGGGGCUCCGUUCGCCUCUGUGCGACAAACGUACCGGUCGGACGGUUCCCCCCCCGGCGGAAGGACGUUAGUUCGGGAGCACCAACAACGCGUCGGAAUAGGAGGAGGAGGAGGAGGAGGAGAAGGGUCGGAGAGGCGACCGGCAGCCAGCUGGAGCUCGUCUGACGAGGGACGGAAGGACCAGCGGAGAGAGCAGCCCUCCGACCAGCAGCAGCAGUGA